AUCUUUCCUUGCUAUCAUUACCAGCGUUCACAACGCCUUGGCUUCAUGCUAUCGCCGUUAGCCAAGCCUCCUGAGCCAUUGCUUUUCCACAAGUUCCGUGCUGCGUCUGCCUCAAUUAGCCUCAGGAACGGCGCAGCUUAUUCGGCGUUGUGAACAUGUUUUGAAUAGUUAUGAGGUUUUAUGGAGUAGUCAGUUCGAUAAGCUCUAGCAAGUCCUCCAUCAUUAUAGAAGCCACCCAGAAUUCAAGCUUAUUUAUGUUGCGUUGACCUACAUAGGGCCUUUAUGGCGAGAUGUUUUCAUUUCUCUACGUCAUCGAGCCAUACCCAUUUACCCGUUCAUGGGCGAUGUUUCAUCUGAUCCAUAUGCACAUCGUUCGCAUAAUUGAAGCGCAAUUGAUAAGUAUUCACCGGUAAAGAGAUGGAAACACUUAAACAACAGUUUGGCCUCAUAUUUUCUAUGGUUAUCUUAUAAUCUCGUGUUUGCAGAAGGUAAACGUUUAAACACGUGUCCGAGGGGGCUGUAGCAAGUGGUGAGAAAACAAUCAUUUGGCCUUCUCGGGCACAUCAGGGCCCACAUUCCUUCCCGGGAAACGAGAAAAAAAAACGCCUUUACUGAUCGACAGUAGAGUUUAUCUAGAUUUCGGCAUGAAUGACAAACGACUUUUAUGCACGGCCUACGUGCACUCCGCCCAGACUCAUACAAAUAUGCAAGCAGCUCCCGCAGUUACUGUAUACCCUCCCAUCCGUCGUUCAUCCUUUCCUUUGCUUCUUUCAUUAUUCACUCUCUGCCAAGGGUUUGAGGCAAUAUGGAUGCCGGCAGUGAAGCUGUUCCAUUGACUCCGGCUGAUCUGUCCCCCUACGGUUAUGUCCCUACUCUGUGGAUUUGUGCCCUCUUCAUCGCCCUCUUCGGCCUGAGUACAUCGAUACAUCUUUUCCAGGCAAUAUAUUACCGACUAUGGUUUCUCUUGCCAACCGUCGUUCUGGCCGGAGUCACGGAAAUCAUAGGUUGGAGCGGACGUAUCUGGUCUAGCAAGAAUCCUCCUUCCUUGGACCCUUUCUUGAUGCAGAUAACCACCACAAUCAUUGCCCCGACGCCACUUAUCGCUGCGAAUUUCAUAACACUAGGACAGGUCAUUUCGCGUCUUGGUUCGGAUUAUAGUCGCCUGAACGCAAUGUGGUAUACCAUUGUGUUUGUGACAUGCGAUAUCGUGGCACUUGUCGUGCAAGCUGUUGGAGGUGCACAAGCCUCCAUUGCCGUUCAAGACAACCGUGAUCCGAACCCAGGCGGUAACGUCAUGCUUGGUGGUAUAGCAUUCCAACUGGGUUCGAUCACAAUCUACAUGCUGUUGGCAGGGGAGUUCAUUUUGCGAUAUUUGUACAACCGACCCAUACGUAACAGGAGCGCGGGGAGGUCAAAUACGCCACCGCUCGAGCAAAAGACAGCGUUGAUGUUGAUCGGGCUGUUCUUUAGCAGUCUCACUAUUUUUAUUCGGUCUGUCUACCGUACGAUCGAGUUGACAGACGGCUGGUCUGGGCGCAUCAUUGGUACUGAACGCUAUUUCAACUGGCUCGACGGUAGUAUGAUCACUCUGGCUUUUUACACAAUCAACUUUCUCCAUCCCGGACGCCUGAUAGGACCUGGUCCUUGGGCUUCUCCCCGAAGUCAUGCCAACACAGACACCAAGGAAGUUGUCGAUGAAGAUAUCGAGUUGGCUGUUGUUAAGGCCUAGGUAAUAUAUGCGCGGGCUUGUUGCCUCGUUCUGCCUCUCGCUUGGAUUUAUAUAAUCAAUAAUAUCUCCACCUCGCCUUCGGAUAUUUCGCUUACUGAUAUAUGCUGUUGUAUGCACGCACGCUACUCACACACUUCUUAUAUAGACGUAGCUUUUACAUACUACCCAACUAGUUUAUAUACAUACCCGCUCACCGGAUGUACACGCUCUAGUUUAUACUCCCCACUCUCCUGUACGAGGGGCUGCCCAAAUGUAAAUAGAUUUUGACUUGCCGUAUUUAUCACGAUCGCU